AUGCAAACACCUCUUCAUCAUGCAGCACGGCAUAAUAGUAUAGAAACAGCCGAACUCCUUAUUUCAAAUGGUGCCAACAUUAAUGAAAAAGAUAAAUAUGGGCAAACAGCUCUCUAUAUUGCAGUAGAAAAAAUUUUAAAGAACUAG